UUGAUUGAUGACCUUGUGAUUGGUGACUACGGUGGUGACUGCAGUGCUGCUUCUGCAUAUCGUGGGGCUGUGUGCCACUGCAACCAGGGCGGGCGAACUGUCCACAUGAAGCGUUUCGUGAAGGACUUUCGUGCAGAGAAGGUUUUUGGUGGCGACCUACAUCUUGAUCUGGGAGAAUGCUACAGUGUGAAGAAGAAGCUGAGGUCAACAUUAGUUGAAGUUGCUGUUGUUAUGAAGGACAGUAGUCUUUCACUGAAUACCUUUCAUGACGUUGUAAUAGGUACAGGCGCCGCAUUUGAUGGGUACACCUCUGCCACAUUGUCUGAUAUAUUUCAGUUUAUACCUUUUUAUUCAACUAUGGCAGACGCUCAUGUUGUUCUAACA